GAGCGCGCGGGGCGGAGUUUGGCGAAGACAGGGAAGCGGUAGCCGCGGCUCCGGCUCUUCGAGUCGGCGGCUACCUCGGGCGCUGUUACGCGGACGUGGAGUCCGCAGGGCCGGUGGCCGCGGAUCCCGGGUGGCACGCUCAGCUGCGGGCAGAGGCGACAUGAGUGCUGCGGGGCUGUUAGCUCCAGCUCCGGCCCCGGCUGGAGCGCCGCCGGCUCCGGAGUACUACCCCGAGGAGGACGAAGAGCUGGAGAGCGCCGAGGACGAUGAGCGCAGCUGCCGAGGCCGCGAGUCGGACGAAGACACUGAGGAUGCUAGCGAAACUGACCUGGCAAAGCAUGAUGAAGAAGACUAUGUAGAAAUGAAGGAACAGAUGUAUCAGGAUAAACUGGCUUCUCUCAAGAGACAGUUGCAACAACUGCAAGAAGGUACAUUACAGGAAUAUCAGAAGAGGAUGAAAAAACUAGAUCAGCAGUACAAAGAGAGGAUACGAAACGCAGAACUCUUCCUCCAGCUGGAAACUGAACAAGUGGAAAGAAAUUACAUCAAAGAAAAGAAGGCGGCAGUGAAGGAAUUUGAAGACAAGAAGGUUGAGCUGAAAGAGAACCUGAUUGCCGAGCUAGAAGAAAAGAAGAAAAUGAUUGAAAAUGAAAAGCUAACGAUGGAACUGACUGGAGAUUCUAUGGAAGUGAAACCCAUCAUGACCAGAAAGUUGCGGAGGCGACCAAAUGAUCCUGUCCCCAUCCCAGACAAGAGGCGAAAACCUGCUCCUGCCCAGCUAAACUAUUUGUUAACAGAUGAACAGAUCAUGGAGGAUCUGAGAACGUUAAAUAAGCUGAAGUCACCCAAGAGACCAGCAUCCCCAUCCUCUCCCGAACACUUGCCCGCCACACCUGCAGAGUCUCCAGCCCAGAGGUUUGAAGCUCGGAUAGAAGAUGGCAAACUGUACUAUGAUAAAAGAUGGUACCACAAGAGCCAGGCCAUCUAUCUGGAGUCAAAGGACAACCAGAAAUUGAGUUGUGUGAUCAGCUCUGUCGGAGCCAAUGAGAUCUGGGUGAGGAAGACAAGUGACAGCACCAAGAUGAGGAUUUACUUGGGCCAGCUUCAGCGCGGGCUCUUCGUGAUCCGCCGGAGGGAAUGUGAACAGUAUCUCCAAAUUGACCCCAAAGGUUCUGAGUCACGACAGCUUGAAAGUGUCAGGAUUGCCGACAGACACUCUGCCUUCUUCCCUCCUGGCGAUCUCCAGCGGCAGGCCAUCCUCUAAUUCCCAUUUUGCAGA